UUUAUUUAGUAUACGGACAGCCGGAAGCUCCACUCUGAAAUUGACCGAACGGGAUAGUGCGGGGUGGGAUGGAGAGGUGAUGUGCCCCGAGCCAGAGGAGUGAUAAGGCCAGAGCAGCCAUGACCGAGUGCUUCCUGCCCCCCAGCAGCAGCCCCGCUGAGCAGCGCAGGGCUGAGCACCCAGGGGGCGUGGCGCGCACCCCCAGCUCUGAGGAGAUCAGCCCCACAAAGUUCCCCGGGUUGUACCGCACCGGUGAACCAUCACCACCUCAUGAUGGCCAUCAUCACGAGGCACCUGACGCCUACGUUUCAGAUGAUGACAAAGAGCACAGCAAGAAGAAGAACAAAUUCAAGAAGAAGGAGAAAAGGACGGAAGGCUACGCUGCCUUCCAGGAGGACAGUUCAGCAGAUGAGGCCGAGAGCCCGUCCAAGAUGAAGCGUUCCAAAGGAAUCCAUGUGUUCAAGAAGCCGAGCUUCUCCAAGAAAAAAGAAAAGGACUUCAAGGUGAAGGAGAAGGGCCCCAAGGAGGACAAGGCCAAGGAUAAGAAAUCUAAGGACCUGACGGCCGCAGAUGUGGUGAAACAGUGGAAAGAGAAGAAGAAGAAGAAGAAACCAACCACAGAGGCAGAGCCAGUUCCAGUGGAGACCCCCACCUUCAGGCCGAUCUUUGGAGCUCCUCUGGCUGAAGCUGUCAAGAGGACAGCUCUCUAUGAUGGCAUUCAGCUGCCAGCCAUCUUCAGAGAAUGUGUGGACUACAUUGAAAAUUAUGGCAUGAAGUGUGAGGGCAUCUACCGGGUGUCAGGUAUGAAGUCCAAGGUUGAUGAACUGAAAGCGGCGUACGACCGUGAGGAGUGCCCCUGCCUGGAGGAGUACGACCCUCACACGGUUGCCAGUCUACUGAAGCAGUACCUCCGCGAGCUGCCUGAGAACCCGUUGGGUCGAGAUCUGGCCCAGCGCUUCGAGGACGCCUGCGGUCGGCAGGUGGAGGCCGAGAAGGUGACAGAGUUCCAGAGGCUGUUGACCGAGGUGCCGCCGGACAGCCGACUUCUUCUCUCCUGGCUCAUCACACACAUGGACCACGUCAUCGCCAGGGAGGCCGACACAAAGAUGAAUAUUCAGAAUAUCUCCAUCGUCCUCAACCCAACCAUACAGAUCGGGAACCGUGUUCUCUACAUGUUCUUCACACACGUGAGGGAGCUGUUUGGAGACGUGGUGCUAAAGCCUGUGGUGCGACCGCUACGCUGGUCCAACAUGGCAACAAUGCCGGCGCUGCCUGAGACCCAGGAGAGCAUCAAGGAGGAAAUCCGACGACAGGAGUUCCUAUUGAACUGCCUGCACAGGGACCUGCAGGCAGGGGUGAAGGACUUGUCCAAAGAGGAGCGACUCUGGGAAGUUCAGCGAAUCCUGACGGCUCUUAAACGCAAACUGAGGGAGGCCAAACGCCAGGAGUGUGAGAGUAAAAUCGCCCAGGAGAUAGCAAGCCUGUCAAAGGAAGAUGUUUCAAAAGAGGAAAUGACCGAGAAUGAGGAGGAAGUUAUCAACCUUCUCUUAACACAGGAAAACGAGAUCCUGACAGAGCAGGAGGAGCUCAUCUCUCUCGAGCAGGUGCUUCGUCGACAAAUAGCUACUGAGAAAGAAGAAAUCGAGAGACUGCGAGCAGAGAUUGCAGAUAUACAGAGUCGACAGCAGGGUCGCAGUGAAACAGAAGAGUAUUCAUCAGACAGCGAAAGUGAGAGUGAAGAUGAGGAAGAGCUGCAGAUGAUUUUGGAGGAUCUGCAGAAGCAAAAUGAGGAACUGGAGAACAAAAACACCCACCUGAACCAGGCCAUCCAUGAGGAGCAGGAAGCCAUCUUGGAGCUCCGUGUACAGCUUCGCCUCCUGCAGAGCCACAAACUGCAGCAGGAACUGAUUGUCCAGCCGCCAGCCGAGCAGGCACCACCUGCUCAACCAAGCCCAGAGGCUCGUAGCGAUGAGCAAACCAAACGCUCUGUCAUCACCACGGUGGCCGCCAGCACCGACACGGCUGCCUCGGCCAAUGGAAAGGCAGCUAAGGAUCCUUCAAAGCCCUCACCGAGCAAAGACAGGAGAGACACCAACAUGUGAGAGGUCAGCGGUGCAUUUGGCGGCUCUGUGCUGCCGUACGUCUCUGCCGCUGGUCAGUUGUUCUGUAGUGUCACUUGUUAUCCACUGGAGAUUUCACAUUGCUGGAUCUGUGAGUUCAUUAGUGAUUGUGUCCACCAAGUGGCAGUCAUGUAAAAAUCUCUUAUAUGUCUAGUGUCUUUGGCGUCCCGACUCUGUCAUCACAAAUCAAUUACAUUGUUUCCCAUUUUUCCAUACAUAACACAAACACAAACACAAACGAACUAGGAAUAGAGCAGCUGCUGUAGCGGACAACUGGCUACUAGUCAGAGAGAUGAGGGGGGACCAUAUUUUCAAAUCCACAGUGCCAAGCCUGUAUGAAGGAUGAAGAGGGGGGAACAAGGCAUGAUAGGAUUCGUAAAGCAUGAAAGGGGAUGGAAAUGAGAGAUUACAGAAGGUUUAUUUUUCACAGGUAAAGACUUGAGAAAUAAUCAUUAGAUAUAUUCUCAGUCCCUGUAACUCUUUUUGUCAUUUACCUAGAUGCAAAUUUGUCAUGUUAGGAUAGAGACCACUGUGCCAUACCCGACAAUGCCAGACUGGACACGUUUCCCCAAAGAACCACUAUUACAAAAACCUCUUUGAAAAAUGAAGAAUUUAUGAUUGGUCUAUCUAUAUAUUAUAUAUUUAAGUAGUAUUCUGAAGAAUACAAAUGCCUAUUCAAGAAAUACAUUGAUUUUAAAUUACAGCUUUUUAGUAAUAUAUGAAUAUAUGUAUAAAUAUAUUGUAGAUGCUUUCUUUUCUUUGAACAGCAGUGGUGUUGUAUGUCGCAGCUGACCAGUGGAUGAAAACAUGAACCGCAAACAAAUAUGCAGAAAAAGUAUAUUCAUCACUGCAAAAUGUUGACAAACAACUGGAGGCAGUUUCCUGUGUCGUGCAGUCAUCUUUUCUGUUAUCUCUGCCUCUCGCACAAACAAGGAAACAUGGGAAGUUACACUCCUGUGUUAUGAUGGCAUAACAAAUCUGUAGGGAUGACUUUCGUCUCCAGAAUGUGUGCAGAGACACGCAGGAGGCUUAUUUAGUUUUCUUGUAUAUUUGAUCAUGUUUUUUAACUCACGAUGUGUGGAGUUAUGAUUCAUGGAAUCAGCUGGCAGUUAGUGAAGGCAACAUUAGUCAAUCAUUUCAUUUCACAACUGAUCCAUGAGCAUUGCUAAGUACUGUCAGUAGCAUGGCCUGACUUACUUACCGUGUCUGUAUAUUAUUGUAAAAUUGCAAACAUACUGUAUUUUCAGCUCAUAUGUUUUGUCAUAUGUUUUUUUUCUAUUAAUGACCUUUAUGAACUAUGCUAGUGUGACUGCGUCUGCUUUGGUCAUGGGUAAAUCGAAGCAAUCUCAUCUGGACUCAUGAUUCAUUCGUGUUUAUUAAUCCUGUGACUGAAACAUAUAAAUGCUAGAUUGGGCUCAGAAGCUGCUCAUAGGGUUAUUUUCAUAUUGUUCCAAGCUUUUGUAGCUUAUUGUUGCAGACAGAAUAAUGCUGUGAAGAAUAAAGUGUCAAUCCAAAUAA